UCAAUUGCAAUGGUUAUGUUCCUUUUGCGUUCUUUGACCGUUUUGUGCCUUAUCAUUGCUACAUGCCAGGCUAAGUCCAUCAAAAAAGCGCAGGCCAAUCUUCUGGAGCCGAAUUUUGGCCUGGACGACUGGCAGGGAAAAUGGUUUCCCUACGCUCCCGGAGAGCCUCACAUUCCGAAAGUGCAACGUGUACCGGAGACGACCACAAUACCCAACACCAAAGAUGAUUGGAGGGGCAAGUGGUUCCCUUAUGCCCCGGGGGAGCCCCAUGUGAUAAAGCAACAAAACACGAGCACAUCGGCGGCAUCGGAGGAGGCUUUUACAGAUAGCUGGAAUGGGAACUGGUUUCCCCAGGCGCCCAAUGAACGACUUAAGCAACAGGUGGAGGCAGUCAAAACCCUAAAGGAAACCAUCUGCGAUGACGGAAUGAGAAAUCUUGCGGUGGACUACGAUCCGAAUGAUGUGGGCCAGAGCUUCAAUAUCCUCUGCAUCAGUAACAAUCGCAGCACCUACGAUCCGAAUAUGUCCAGGGAGGCCGUGCUUACGGAGCACUUCCUACCCAGUGCCUAUGUCCCGCCAUCCAAGUGCCUGAACGUGUCCAUCGAGUACACGCAUCUCCCACCCACCAAUGGCCAAUACCGUCCAAUGCCAGCGGAGUACGGCACCUAUUCGUACCUGCCGCCACAGCGAUACAUGAGGAAUCUCGCGGAGGGCGCUAUUGUAAUGAUGUACCAUCCCUGCGCCUUCCAGGGCCAAGUGGAUCAGUUGCAGCAGAUUGUCGGCGGCUGCCUCUAUCGCCACCUUAUCACGCCCUCGCAAUCGCUCUCGCCGGAACGACCGCUGGCUCUGCUCGCCUGGAGCCACAUCCUAGAGAUGUCCGUGGUGGACAAGCAUCUCGUGGCGGAUUUCAUAAAGAAGUACGCCAAGCAGGGACCCUUGGCUGUAGAGAACCUGUCGAGACUGGUGAACAAGCGGGAGUCCUACAAGGUCGGACUGCAGACGGAGGCGCGUCUGGUCACGAGUGAGGAUGAUGCGGAGCUGUGCGGUUACCUGGGGGAGCAAAUGUAGUGGAGAUGGGGGUUUACUUUACUACGUGUUUUCUGUUGAAUAAAGUUCGAAUACUUUUAUGAAAAUUAA